ACCUUGGCAUUAGUAGCUUGCCUGCUAACAACACGGCAGGCGGUGUGGACGAGCACAUCCUUGCGCAGCCAUACUCGGGUUAAUCUCUGCUAACUCGCUCCGUGGGCAAUGUUAGCUGUUUUGUGGUAGUAAAGUAUCUGUAACCCAAGUCAAGGGGUUGUAUUAGCAGUCGCCACUCAUGACUCGGAUACUUGAAGCGCCGUUCAUGCAUAUCUGGGUCGUUGGCAUGUUUUUCAGCUAACCGCGGCAGAGCUUCGGUCUCAUACAGGGAUGUGGCGGUAGCAUAACAAGCUAACGUUAGUCCAGUCUCUGUGGUGAAGUGAGUGCAAGAAGUGAGGAAACGCUUCAGCCAAGCGUGAGUUCUCAUUUUUGUUUAUGUUCAUUAUAAUUCCAGGGUGGAUGACACUAGGGCAAACCUGACAAUCCGCGAACACAGCUGAACGGAAACUGGGAAUAUCGCUAACAGAUCGAAGGGAUUAUUUUUGUGUCUCUAAGUGGAUUUUGGCCUCCUGUUCAGGACCGUCGUGGAGCACAGUGAGUGUUUUGACAUUGAGUGAGCCCACUCCCUCAAAAUAUCCUCUCUCUCGUCGACCUUCACUCUCCGAUGCGGAGAUUUCAGUAGAACCGGCAACCAAAUCCCCCACGGCGGCCGGACAUGCUGAAGUGUAUCCCCCUAUGGCGCUGCAACCGCCACGUCGAGUCGGUGGACAAGCGACAUUGCAACUUGCAGACAGUCCCUGAUGAGGUAUUCCGCUAUAGUCGCAGCCUGGAAGAGCUUCUCCUUGAUGCUAACCAACUCAAAGAGCUACCAAAGCCUUUUUUCAGACUACUGAACCUACGGAAGCUCGGCCUGAGUGACAAUGAGAUCCAGAGACUCCCUCCUGAGGUGGCCAACUUCAUGCAGCUGGUGGAACUGGACAUCUCCAGAAAUGACAUUCCUGAGAUCCCCGAGAGCAUUAAAUUUUGCAGGGCCUUGGAGAUUGCUGACUUCAGUGGAAACCCCCUCUCCAGAUUGCCGGAUGGUUUCACUCAACUCCGAGCGCUGGCUCACUUGGCACUCAACGACGUGUCAUUGCAGUCGUUGCCAAACGACAUUGGAAACCUCGCCAACCUGGUGACGUUGGAGCUCAGGGAGAACCUGCUGAAGUCUCUGCCCACGUCACUCUCUUUCCUGGUAAAACUGGAACAGCUGGACCUGGGCAGUAAUGAACUGGAAGUUUUGCCGGACACCCUUGGUGCUCUCCCAAACCUGAGGGAGCUAUGGCUGGACCGUAACCAGUUGUCCUCAUUACCACCAGAGCUGGGGAACCUCCGGAGACUGGUGUGUCUGGAUGUGUCAGAAAAUCGUCUGGAGGAGCUUCCCUCAGAGCUUAAAGGCCUCCUGGCUCUCACUGAUCUGCUGCUCACACAGAACCUGCUGGAGGUUAUCCCAGACAGCAUAGGCUGCCUGAAACAGCUGUCCAUCUUGAAGGUGGACCAGAAUAGACUGACCCAACUGACGGAUUCAAUAGGAGAGUGUGAAAACCUCACAGAACUUGUCUUGACAGAGAACCUUUUACAGUCACUUCCUCGCUCGCUGGGCAAGCUAAAGAAGCUGACCAACCUGAAUGUAGACCGCAACCGCCUGGGCAACGUGCCCAAAGAGCUGGGCGGCUGUGCCAGCCUCAACGUUCUCUCACUGAGAGACAAUCACCUAGGUAAACUUCCUGCUGAGCUUGCAGAUGCCACUGAGCUGCAUGUGCUGGAUGUUGCCGGAAACAGACUACAAAACCUGCCUUUUGCCUUGACAAACCUCAAUCUGAAAGCCAUGUGGCUCGCAGAGAACCAGUCACAGCCAAUGCUUAAGUUCCAGACAGAGGAUGAUGAGCACACAGGAGAGAAGGUGCUGACCUGCUAUUUACUGCCCCAGCAGCCUUCUCCGAGUCUAGAAAACCUGCUGCAGAACAGUGUGGAUGACAGUUGGACAGACAGCAACCUGAACCGAGUGUCAGUCAUUCAGUUCCAGGAAGAGACCAAAGCCGAGGAGGAGGAGGAUGAUGAGGCUGCUGCAGAGCGCAGAGGCCUUCAGCGCAGAGCUACACCGCACCCUAAUGAGCUGAAGGUGAUGAAGAAGGUGAUUGAGGAGAGGAGGAAUGAAGCUUACACAUCCAGACCAGAUGGAGAAGAAGAGUCCCCCGAUCCACAGGAGAAACGUCUCAGUGACCUCUCCAAUCAGAGCCAUGACUCCCAGGUGUCCAAUAGCACACUGUCGGCCACGUCCCAUGAGUACAGACAAAAUGUGACUGUGGCCUCGCAAAGAGAGGACCUCGUAGACAGCCGCUCCCCACAGGAUGAGGACGAGCUGGAUGAGAUGGAGGUGGAAUACAUUGAGCCCACUGUGCACUUUGCUGAGGAGCCCAUCAUCCGUGGUUUGGAUGAGGACGACGAGGACGACGGGGAAGAUGGUGAGAGGGGCGACGUAGAAGAGAGGCCUGCUUUUCCCGCAGAGAAGCAACGUCUGAUCAGAAAGGACACGCCGCACUACAAGAAGCACUUCAAGAUCACCAAGCUGCCCAAGCCUGAGGCUGUGGCUGCGCUGCUGCAGGGCUUUAGUCCUGACGGCCUGAACUCUCCGAUGCAGCCUGCUGAGGACGAGCAUGACGAGGAGGAAGAGCAAAGUAUAAGCACCCCUCAGCAUCGUCACAGAUUGGAGGAGCUUGAAGACAGUCGGCUCCAGGUCAACUCCAGUCAAGUAAAGGGGGUGUCAUUUGAUCAAGUCAAUAAUCUGCUGAUUGAACCUGCUCGAAUUGAGGAGGAAGAGCACACCCUAACCAUCAUGCGACAAACUGGCGGCCUUGGUAUCAGCAUUGCUGGAGGGAAAGGAUCUACACCUUACAAGGGAGAUGAUGAGGGAAUCUUCAUCUCCAGAGUAUCUGAAGAAGGUCCUGCAGCCAGAGCAGGGGUCAAAGUGGGAGACAAACUCCUACUGGUGAAUGGAGUGGAUCUCAACGAAGCAGAACAUCACACAGCGGUUGAAGCUCUUCGUAGCUCUGGUGCUACAGUUUCCAUGUCAGUGCUCCGGGAGCGUAUGGUGGAGCCAGAGAACGCCAUCACCACCACACCUCUAAGGCCAGAGGAUGACUACUUCCCGCGGGAGAGACGGAGCAGUGGCAUCGCCUUCAACAUGGAGACAACUGCCAGUGGGCCUCAACAGCGGCUCUCCACCUGUCUGAUUCGAAACGACAAGGGGCUGGGAUUCAGCAUCGCCGGGGGCAAAGGCUCCACGCCCUACCGCACAGCAGACACAGCAAUCUACAUCUCACGCAUUGCAGAAGGGGGAGCAGCACACAGAGACAGCACACUGCAUGUAGGCGACAGGGUGAUCUCUAUCAAUGGUGUAGACAUGACAGAGGCCAGGCAUGACCAGGCAGUAGCGCUCCUUACCGGCACCUCCCCCACCAUCUCCCUCCUGGUGGAGCGAGACCUGAAUGCACCAGGGGGCUCUCCAGGUCAAUCCCGGGCACGCGCCCACUCCCCUCCACCCCCAGAACCCUCAGAUUCACCAGACCAGGAAGAGGACGGCCUUACCCUUCAUGGGAACAACCAGAGCCGGAUGGAGGACGAGUAUCCCAUCGAGGAAGUGAUCUUGGUGAAGUCAGGUGGCCCUCUAGGCCUGAGCAUUGUUGGAGGCAGUGAUCACGCCAGUCACCCGUUUGGCAUAAAUGAACCUGGGGUGUUCAUCUCAAAGGUGAUUCCUCACGGUCUUGCAUGUGAAGGUGGACUGCGUGUUGGCGACCGAAUAUUAGAAGUGAAUGCCAUCGACCUUCGUCACGCCACACACCAGGAAGCUGUGCGAGCGCUGCUGGCCAAUAAGCAGGAGAUCCGUAUGUUGGUACGAAGGGACCCUUCACCGCCUGGGAUGCAGGAAAUUGUGAUCCAGAAGCAGCCGGGGGAGAAGCUUGGCAUCAGUAUUCGUGGAGGGGCAAAGGGUCAUGCAGGAAACCCCUUUGACCCCACUGAUGAAGGCAUCUUCAUAUCUAAGGUGAGUUCGAGCGGUGCAGCAGCAAGAGACAGGCGACUGCAGGUGGGCAUGCGUAUCCUCGAGGUGAACAACCACAGCCUGUUGGGGAUGACGCACACAGAGGCAGUGCGAGUGCUUCGAGCUGUUGGAGACUCUCUGGUCAUGCUGAUGUGUGAUGGUUUUGACCCACAAAAAGUGCCUGCUGUGGAGGCGUCUCCUGGCAUCAUUGCCAACCCAUUUGCAACAGGCAUCGUCCGUAAGAACAGUAUGGAAAGCAUCUCUUCUAUAGACCGAGACCUGAGCCCGGAGGAGAUGGAAAUCAUGCAGAAGGAGUCUGAGAUGGUGAGAGAGACAUCACAGUGGGAGCGAGAAGAGAUGGAAAAAGUGGAGCGUAUGCGCUUGGAGCGUGAGGAGGCAACUCGCCUGCUAGAAGAGGAGACUGAGAACAUGGGCACUGGACCUCUAAAACUUGACUACAAGACCCUGGCUGCUCUUCCCACCACCAGUCUUCAGAAGCUCAACAGGUUCUCUACUCCUGUAAGUCUGACUGCUCUCAUGGAGGCCCCCCUGCAGGCCCAGUACGGAGCCCCUUUAGAGCCUCUGGGCUUUGGCUUAGGCCACACCACAAAACCCCUUAGCCACAUGGACCCUGAGUCCUGCCCAAGUCUGAACACAGAUCAUGAUUAUCUUAAUGGAGCCCAGUUCUCCCCUAAUGGGAUCUCCGCUACUGACAGUGCUGGCUCAUCAACAACCAUUAAUUCAUCAACAUUUGCACCCGAAGAGGAAGAAAGCCUGGUGGACUCUCAGCCUAUCUGCUUCAAAGAGAACCCUUUCUUGGUGGCCAAUCGCAAAGGAAAGGGUCGUCCACUUGGGGAGCAGAUCCUGUCGGGGCCUCCUGUGGGCUACGGGAAGCAAGGCCAGCUUCAGCCCUGGUUGUUCAGCAAGGCGCCUCCAUCUGAUUUCACCAGGACGGAGAGCCCAAUCAGGGAAGCACCCUACUCUCCCACAAUCCAACCGCCCAGCCACCACUCUUCCAACAGCUCCCUGUAUGCAGGCAGGGAGACCCGCUUUGCAAAUGUUCAUUACACCUCCACUCCUACUGCCAAUGACAACACUUCAUCAUCAACACGACCGGGUGCCAUUCAGCCAGUCGGGCGCAUGCGGCAGAGUCCUUCCCCUGCCACUCCAGACGGCCACAGUCCUAACCCCUUCCAGCAUGGCCCCUCCCCCUUCAACUCCCAGACCUCUCCUCGCGCCCCCUCCCCUACCUCGCCCGACGAGUUCCCUAUGAAUGUCAAGCAGGCAUACAAGGCGUUUGCCGCCGUGCCUCGCUCACUGGCAGUUCUGGAGCCGCAACAGGACCUGUACAGUGUGAGGAACAAUUUCCAUCCAAAGCAACCUUCUCCAGAGCCAGAGUUGAACAACGAGGUGUUUGAUGAUGACAUAGAUGGUCAGGAGGGAGCUGGUAAGGGUUUGACCGGCAAGGUCUCCCCCCGACCCUCCCUUACACCUGACCGUCGGGAGUAUAUGAAACUGGCAGGAGUGCCUCGCCUCUCCAGGCCGUCCUGGGACCUGCAGAGUCCUUCUCCUGGUGGUAGGGACAGCCCAGAGCAGCGCUCCUUCAGGGACAGACAGAAGUAUUUUGAGAUUGACGUGAAGCAUCAGACACCAGAGAAACCCAAACCUCGAGUGUCUCUUGUUGGAGAAGAUGACCUCAAGAAAAUGAGGGAGGAAGAAGAGAGGAAGUUUGAGCAACGAGCACGGGAGUACUUGCUGGAUGAAGACGAGGAGGAGGAGGAGGAGGAGGACCUGGCUAAACAGGUGGCGCAGAUGAAGGCAACUGGCAAAGUGUUACUGGAUGGAGUGGAGUACAAUGUGGAACCAGUAACCAGCCCAUCCCAGCACUGUGCCACACCACCAAGUUACAACGUCACGCCACCGAGCUACUGUGGCAGCUCAGGGCCUUCCUCUGUUGAUGGUAAAGGAGAGUCUCAGAGGAAUUCACUGGAGGACAGCUUCAGGCUGGAGCAGAGGCCCAACUCCAUGACUGGUCUGAUCCCAGUGUACCCCGGGGACUCGGCUGCUCCCAUCCGCACAGCCAAAGCAGAGCGCAGACAUCAAGAGAAACUCCGUAUGCAGAGCCCCGAGCUGGCUGUGGCCCUCGACAAGGACCUGUCCCCUGCUGAGAAACGAGCUCUAGAGGCUGAGAAGAGAGCCAUGUGGAGGGCAGCACGGCCCUGUGGCCUAGAGGAAGAUGUUAGGCAGUAUGAGCAGGAUCUGGCUAAGAGGCUCUACCAGGCCAGAGUGAGGGCAUCUCAGGCCGGGGCCCCCCAGCCCCCCACCUCUUCCUCGUCCUCUGCAGCCUCCCAGCUCAGAAUGAAGUCUCUGGAGCAGGAUGCACUGAAAGCGCAGAUGGUCAUCGCCAAGUCUCGGGAUGGGAAGAAACGUGGCACACUAGACCAGCUGACGGAGUCGCCCUCGCCCGCCCCAACACCCUCUCCCACACCUAUGGAAGAGCUCAGUCCUCGAGGAGUAACCUCUCCGGGCCGGCUGUCCCUGUCGUCAAAGAAGUUUGACUACCGACAGUUUGCUGCCAUUCCUUCUUCCAAACCCGUAUACGACAUCCAGUCCCCUGACACAGUUGAUGACCUGCAGUUCAUCGACGACGGCUCCAGCAACCCAAUGCUUUCUGCGCGCCCUGAGGCCGAGCUACCCACCCCGCUGCCUGCCACCUCCGCCCUGGAGGAGAUGGCCUUGUACAGCAACAAGCGCAAACUGAGGCAGGGCCGUCGCAGCCUGGAAACCGCCAUGCCCACGUAACACCCCACACUAAGAAGAAAGCCGAAGACAUAACGCGAACACACACAUUUAGAUGCACUGUGGAACACAAAAGUGCAUCCAUAAAAGGUGCAGAGUCACCAAACACUACACAUGGUGUCAGUAUAGCGAGAUUUACUCUCCCAUAUAUAACCACUGCAGAGACUAAGGCACUGAUGGUCUCCACACGUACACACUCACUUAUAUCCUGCGUGCCAGUCUUGCCUAUACACUCUGUGGAUGAGAUGGCAAGUUGCUCAACAGUCCCUGAUUGGCAAGAAAGAUAGUGUGGUUAGCUAGGAUUGCUACUUACAGACCAUUCUUUUUGUUGUACACUUGGUUUACCAAGUAGAAACUGAUUUAUUUUAAAAAAGGUGGUGACCGAAGUUUUUAGUUGUUUAGUUUUUGCACCUCUAAUGAUUUUACUGUUUUAAAGAAAAAAACGCAUACUGGAAGAGAAAAGAAAUGGGUCAUAGCUAUACUAACUUCUUGAAUUAUAUUGUUUAGGCUUUGAUUGAAUAGAUUUGUAAAAUGUCAGGAGUUUCUUUAGACUUGGGCAGACAGGAGUGUAUAUAUUAAUUGAGGAGGGAACAUCCUGCUACCUUCACAAUCACAAAUUGUGGAGAGCUUUUAAAAAAGAAAAGAAAAAAAAAGCUACAUAUCUUUUUUUGCACUGCCACAGAUCUGCUUUUUAAGAACGUACAGUAUAUCUUAAUUUAUUGUUUUUAGCGUUUUACUCAAAUUGAAGGCCUUCUAUUUUACACUGUUUUAACCCCUCCGGUCGUGAGCACAAAGACUGAUGGUUAUCAUGAUUUAUCUUUAAAUUUCAAAGAUAGUUAUGGGUCACUAAAUCAAAGAUUUCAACUAAUGAAUUUAUAUUGUACUUUAUUUUUUUAUUAUUAGAGAAUCAUAUCUACAAAUUAGAUAGCUUGGACAAAGUAUAGCUGUUGCACAUCUGUGUCACACUUGUGAUUGAAUGUGCUACAUUCCCCUUGUAUGACAACACUGAAGGCAGCAGCAUUGAUCAGGCAGCUUUACAAAAACAGAUCACAGCAUCAAAUACUAAAGUUUGGAAACAUUCAUUUUUAGUAUAAUUAAUUAACGGUACUCAUCCAACCCUGUUUAGGGUAUUAUUUUAGCAAUGUGAAUUAUCUGGGAUAUUCCAGAGUGACGUGAAGGUAGCAGGUGUUUUAUUUUUCUGUCUAUGGUUUAUUUAAAUCUGACGCCACUGAAAAAUCAUUUAUUAUUGUGUGAAUAAUGUACAAAUACUGAAAGGAAAGCAAACUGGGUUUGAAACUGAGCCAAUCUUGACCUUGACCAAGUGAGUGUCUGGACUGCUGAGGCAUCUAGAUUUGGACAGGCUUGGUAUUGGGAUGCUCUCUGCAUGUAUAUUGGUUUGUUAAUGGGAGAGCUGAGAGAGGCAAAAACAAUUAGAAAUUCCUCUCAAGACAUUCUUAUUCAGUUCACUGCUUGACAUACUGUCAGUGUAUGUACAUAUCUGAUAGGUAUUUCUGCAGAAUCACGGUAUAGUAGCAUUUGUGUUAAUUUAAUGUAGGGUCUUUGAAUGAUAGCUUUCCAUGUUGCUCUCACUGACUGAAAUUCAGUUUGUUUGAUAACAUUUGCAAUAGCUGAUAUCUUCUUUUUUUAACUUUGUUAGGUAAAUCUUUUUUUUCUGAUGGGUUUCACUACAUUAUUAAUGCAGUGUUUCAUGUUUUUGUUUAUUCUUUUGUCUUGAGUUCUCUUUGGAGGCUUUUACUUUUACUAGGUUGGAGGGAAAGGGUCAGAAGUCCUAGGGUUAGCGCUCACACAAGACUGUAACUAGUGAAUUUGUACAACCAAAGAAGUCUAUUUUGUGGUUCAGGAAUAAUAAAUUUUACUUUUCAUUUACGAAGCUGA